CUGGCAACAAGGCCUUCAAUCUGGAAGCGUAACCUACAUUUCCCACCCGGAGCUUCGCCGGUUUCUAACCACGGCCGCUCUCGGUGAGGAAACUCUGGCCUCCGCUUCCUCCUCCUCCGACUCGGACACCGGCGGAGCGUCGCCGCCCCCGCGGAAGAAACACCGAGCCUCGGCGGCGGAGGGAGCAGGAGAGCCCGGGGCUUCAGCCGUUGUAACAGGCCUCUCUGGAGUUGUCCUAGGACUUGCCGCACACUCUCAAACCACCUCUACCAUCCACUUUAAUCGAAGUGUUGUUAACAACUUUAGCAACAGCAUGCAGUCAAACGGGGCAGGACAGGGACAAGAAUCCUCUGAACUUCCCUGCCUGAACAGCGCACAAAACGGGGAGUCAUCAUCCUCGGCCGGUGGAACCCACUCAAACGGGCUCCUGUCCAACGCAGACAACGGUAACGGCGUCGGUACCAGUAACGGGUCUUCGGUUGGACCCUGUUCGGGGACUUCGGCUCCCUCCACGGCCUCGGGUUCGGAGGUGGGCUCGUUGAAAAAGAAGAAACGGCUUUCGCAGACGGAGGAAGAUGUCAUACGAUUAAUAGGACAACAUCUCCACGGACUGGGGCUGAAUCAGACGGUGGACCUGCUGAUGCAGGAAUCAGGCUGCAGACUGGAGCACCCUUCAGCGUCCAAAUUCCGCAACCACGUCAUGGAGGGGGAGUGGGACAAGGCUGAGAAUGAUCUCAACGAGCUGAGAGCACUGAUGCAUUCUCCCAACGCCAUUGUGCGUAUGAAGUUCCUGCUGCUGCAACAGAAGUACCUAGAGUAUCUGGAGGACGGCAAGGUCUUGGAGGCUCUGCAGGUUCUCCGGGGAGAGCUGACGCCACUCAAAUACAACACGGAUCGGAUCCAUGUCCUCAGCGGGUACCUAAUGUGUAGCCACGCCGACGACCUCCGAGCCAAGGCAGAGUGGGAGGGCAAGGGCACAGCCUCUCGCUCCAGGCUCCUGGAUAAAUUACAGACGUACCUGCCCCCAUCCGUGAUGCUGCCUCCUCGGCGACUACACACUUUGCUGCGGCAAGCGGUGGAACUACAGAGGGAUCGCUGUCUUUAUCACAACACCAAGCUGGACAACAACCUGGAUUCAGUCUCCCUUCUCCUCGAUCAUGUCUGCAGCAGGAAACAGUUUCCCUGUUACACCCAGCAGAUUCUGACAGAGCAUUGUAACGAAGUGUGGUUCUGCAAAUUCUCAAAUGAUGGCACCAAACUAGCAACUGGCUCCAAAGACACGACUGUCAUAAUCUGGCAAGUGGACCCGGAGAGCCACCAACUGAAACUGCUGCGAACCCUGGAGGGGCACGCAUACGGCGUCUCCUACUUAGCCUGGAGUCCUGAUGACACCUACCUGAUCGCCUGUGGACCUGACGAUUGCUCUGAGCUCUGGCUCUGGAAUGUUCAGACGGGGGAGCUGCGGACCAAAAUGUCCCAGUCCCACGAAGACAGUCUUACCAGUGUGGCCUGGAAUCCUGACGGCAAACGCUUUGUCACCGGUGGACAAAGGGGGCAGUUUUAUCAGUGUGACCUGGACGGGAACUUGUUGGACUCGUGGGAAGGGGUGAGAGUUCAGUGCCUGUGGUGCUUGAGCGAUGGGAAGACUGUGCUGGCCUCGGACACCCAUCAGCGUAUCAGAGGGUACAAUUUUGAGGACCUCACAGACAGAAACAUAGUUCAAGAGGACCACCCUAUCAUGUCUUUUACCGUUUCAAAGAACGGUAGAUUAGCUUUGUUAAAUGUAGCAACUCAGGGAGUGCACCUGUGGGAUCUUCAAGAUCGGGUGCUUGUGAGGAAGUACCAAGGUGUGACCCAGGGCUUCUACACCAUCCACUCCUGCUUCGGAGGACACAAUGAAGACUUCAUCGCCAGUGGCAGCGAAGACCAUAAAGUGUAUAUCUGGCAUAGGCGUGGCGAACUUCCUAUUGCCGAGCUCACAGGCCAUACACGCACCGUUAACUGUGUGAGCUGGAACCCAGCCAUCCCGGGUCUCAUGGCGUCCGCCUCAGAUGACGGUACAGUGCGCAUCUGGGGUCCCGCACCAUUUCUCGAUUCGCAAGAGGCAGACGGACUCAACGAAAACAGCAGUAACAUGGACAGUUGAUGGUGACCUACAGAGCAGAUGACGUCUCAAUUUGACAACAACCCAAGAAUCCUACAAUAUAACAAAACGUAAAUGGGCAAAUACAAUUUGAUAUCACCAGAGAGAAAGUGAAGGAAAAUUCAGCAAAUGUCACCGACCCAUCUGAGAAAACAAAAGUGAGAAAAAUAUGGCUCCAGACCGGCCUAGACAAAUGGUGGACAUGAUGACGGACUCCCUGGAAUUUUGGGUCCGCAUCCAAAAAAAAAUUUGGAUCCCUUUCUAAAGACCUGGAAAGUCAGUCAGAACUCAGCGGGAUCUUCCUCUGAUGAACUCUAACAGCUGUUCUCCUCACUUCUAACUGACCCCCCCUCGUCCUCCAUUUUGCUCCAGUGUCAGUAGACAUGCCAGCUCUUUGCAAGUAUCUGAGGAAAUCCACGUCCACCCUGAGCCUGGGGCCUGCUGCAUCCUCGCGAUGCCUCCAGACGGACGGGACUGACGAGCCCUCUCCUUGCCGGACUACAUCCGUCUGCCCGUUUGUCUCAGACUCUCUAAUGUCUCUAUGGACAUGGGUGGGGAACUUGUUGUUGAGAGAGGGGGAUAGUGCGUGUGGGGUGGGGAAGGGCUAUAGUAGGUCAUCUGUGUGUUUUCCUUUUCCCCUUUUUACUUGCUAAAUUCUUCAGUCAUUUGGACAAAAGCUGAAAAUUCACGGUGAAACCAUCAACAGACCAGCUGAUAAAGAACACCGAUAGGCUGUACUAACUGUUUGAAGAUUUUUUUUUUUUUUUUUUAAAUGAUAGUCAUAGCGUUCAUUCUUGUUUAAGAGGCGAACCCUAGCUCAUGUAGUCCCCAAGGAAAACUUCAGCGUGAAGAUUCCACAUUCUGUUUCUCAGCAUUAGGGGGGGGAAAAAAACUUUUUAUCCCCUUAUUUAACAUCCAUCACGGACAGCUCCCCCUUUCACUCCCUCCUGGUCGAGCUAGCCUGUGCACAACUCCGUUAAAUCUACCUACGAGGAGGACAGAGUGAUCCACAGGUUACAUAUCCACUGUGAGGGGGUCACACACUGGUGGCGAGGUGUGCUUUCCACCAUCAAGACACGCAUAUAUAUAGAUAUGUAUAAACACACAAACACA